AUGGAAGACGAGAAUACAAAAGGCGAUACACCCGAUUCUUCGUUCUUCGAUUCAUUCGAGGGACUCGCGGCGAAAUUGUGCUCAACAACUCUUCUCGACUAUUCGAAAUGGGAGACGAAAAUCAACGAGUGGCAGGAACCGUUUUUGAGACAUUCAUAUUUGCCCGAAUGGUACAAAGCCGCGCUUUUCAACGAGUUCUACUACAUGACCGACGGUGGCUCAGUGUGGUUCGAACCCGAUGGGACUUUGGAUCGAGCGUACAUACAGGCCGAUGAAAUGUGGACUGGUGUCACAUAUGCGGUUGCUGCUUUUAUGAUUCAACAGGGAGAACUUCAACGGGGCUUCGACACAGCUUUUGGCAGUUAUGACUCGUGUUUUGAGCGCUUCGGGCUACAAUUUCAAACUCCCGAGGCCAUCUACAAGAAGAAAUUCUAUUGCGCGAUCGGCUACAUGAGACCACUAUCGAUUGGGGCGAUGCAAUGGGCACUUGAGCGUUUCUACAAAUUUGGCAAAAUCGAUGAGCACUCGAGUAUUCAGGGACUUCAGCCAACAACGCCCGCGAUUCCCAGCCCGUGCCCAUCGGCGAACGAUCGUUCACUCGAGCCAAUCGGAGGGAUAUUGCAGCGAGGAGCGAGACGAAUCGAAUCAGGUACCUGUCGACUCCGGUCUUUCGACAUCGAGUGGCCCGGC